CUGUGCGGCCAAUGAACAGAUCCUGCCCCGGGGCCGGAUAAAUCCUCAGAGGCCGGAGUGAUUAGCCGAGAGGACGGUCCCGCCCUUGGCUCGUCCGGGCCUUCGCUCCCCUCCUCGCUCGGUCCCCGCCCCGCCUCCCUCUCCCGCCCGCCUGUCCUGCUGCGAGGUGACACGGGGCUUCGGCUGGGGAAGGGGGCGAGGGAAGUAAGUUAGACGUCGGCCUGGCGGCCUUGGCGCAGCCCCCCAUAUUUAUUUAAUCGCCCAGCUACCACUGAUGAAGAUAAGUUGGAGUAACUCCUUGAACUGAAUUUUAUUGGCCAGAAGACAGUCCAUUUGUUUCACUUCUUUUUGUUUUCCCUGCUGCUUUGAGCUUUGCUGAAAAAUUUGGAGAAUAAAAUGAACAUGCUGUGGUCUUGAACACAAAUUUUUUUGGAGGAAAAAUUAAAGUGCCGAGUGAAAGUCAGAAUGGCAUCCAGAGAGAGGCUCUUUGAACUUUGGAUGCUUUAUUGUACAAAGAAAGAUCCAGAUUACCUGAAGCUCUGGUUGGACAAUUUUGUUUCUAGCUAUGAACAGUUCUUAGAUGUUGACUUUGAAAAGCUGCCUACCAGGGUAGACGAUGUGCCUCCAGGAAUAUCUCUCCUUCCUGAUAAUAUUCUGCAGGUUUUAAGGAUCCAGCUACUACAGUGUGUUCAGAAAAUGGCAGAUGGGUUAGAGGAACAACAACAAGCUUUGUCAGUUUUGCUUGUCAAGUUCUUCAUUAUUCUUUGCAGAAAUUUAUCUAAUGUGGAAGAAAUUGGGACUUGCUCAUAUAUUAAUCAUGUCAUUACUAUGACAACACUCUAUAUUCAGCAGUUAAAAAGCAAAAAAAAAGAGAAGGAAUUGGCAGAUCAGACAUCUAUUGAAGAAUUUGUAAUCCAUGCAUUGGCAUUUUGUGAGAGUUUAUACGAUCCAUAUCGGAAUUGGAGGCAUAGAAUUUCAGGACGAAUCCUUAGUACUGUGGAAAAGAGCAGACAGAAAUAUAAACCAGCUUCUCUCACAGUGGAGUUUGUCCCUUUCUUUUAUCAGUGUUUUCAGGAGAGUGAACAUCUCAAGGAAAGUCUCAAGUGCUGCGUGCUGCACCUCUUUGGAGCCGUUGUGGCCGGCGGGCAGAGGAAUGCUUUGCAAGCAAUUUCUCCAGCCACCAUGGAAGUUCUUAUGAGAGUUUUGGCAGACUGUGAUUCCUGCGAGAAUGGAAAUUCUGAAGAAGUGGGGAGGAAGAUCGAACUUACUCUGAAGUGCCUUACAGAAGUGGUACAUAUCCUUCUCACUAGCAGCUCUGAUCAACGUCAGGUGGAAACCAGCACUAUUUUGGAGAACUAUUUUAAAUUGCUAAAUUCAGAUCAUUCAGCUUUACCUAAUCAAAGGAGAUCCAGACAGUGGGAAAGCCGGUUCAUAGCUCUGCAGAUCAAAAUGUUGAAUACCAUCACAGCCAUGUUAGAUUGCACUGAUAGGCCUGUUCUUCAGGCCAUUUUUCUUAACAGUAAUUGCUUUGAACAUCUCAUACGACUGCUGCAGAAUUGCAAGCUGUUUUUAAAUGCUAACAAUAAGGUGGCAGACAAGAACGAGAAAGACCUUGCCAACAAAUUACUGACAGAAAUAAAUGAGGACCAGGUGUUUCAGGGACAGUUGGAUUGUUUGGCUAUAUCAGCCAUUCAGGCUUUGACAGCAGUAAUGAACAAAUCUCCAGCUGCUAAGGAAGUAUUUAAAGAAAGAAUUGGUUAUACACAUAUGUUUGAGGUUUUAAAAUCCCUGGGUCAGCCACCACUGGAACUACUUAAAGAACUCAUGAAUAUGGCUGUAGAGGGUGACCACACUUCAGUUGGGAUUUUGGGCAUUAGUAAUGUCCACCCUCUCUUGCUUCUUAUCCGGUGGCUUCCAGAGCUAGAAUCCCAUGAUCUGCAAAUCUUCAUCUCUGAUUGGCUGAAAAGAAUUUGUUGUAUUAAUAGGCAGAGCCGAACUAUUUGUGUCAAUGCAAACAUGGGAAUUCACAUCAUCGAAACCCUUGAUUCCCAUUCUUCCCUCCACCGAACUUGUGCUGAGAACUUGGUUGCACUUCAUGGUUCCUUGGGGAGUCAGUCAGUGAGCUCAGAAGAAAUCCGUCGACUACUAAGAUUGCUGAGAGUGGAUGAACCUGAAUAUAUUCACCCCUAUACCACUCCUGUGACUCGAGCAAUUCUGACAAUGGCCCGAAAACAAAGUCUAGAGAGCGCACUGCAGUAUUUUAACUUGUCACAUAGUAUGGCAGGAAUUUCUGUGCCUUCCAUACAGAAGUGGCCAGGGUCUGCCUUUUCUUUCAAUGCUUGGUUUUGCUUAGAUCAGGAUCAGUUGACUGUUGGCAACGCUAACAAAGGAGGAAAAAGAAAACAAUUGUACAGCUUCUUUACAGGAAGUGGCAUGGGUUUCGAAGCUUUUAUUACCCAUUCAGGUAUGUUGGUUGUGGCAGUGUGCACAAAAAGAGAAUAUGCUACAGUUAUGCUUCCUGACCACAGUUUCUGUGAUUCCCUCUGGCACAACAUAACCAUUGUUCACAUGCCUGGAAAAAGACCCUUUGGUCAGAGCCUUGUCUUUAUCUAUGACAAUGGACAGCAGAAGGUCUCUGCCCCUCUCAGAUUUCCUGCCAUGAAUGAACCUUUUAUUUCCUGCUGCAUUGGUUCAGCUGGGCAAAGAACCACCACUCCUCCACCUUCCCAAAUCCCAGAUCCACCGUUUUCUUCCCCCAUUACCCCUCAUCGGACAUCAUUUGGCGGAAUUCUGUCGUCAGCCUCCUGGGGAGGAACACUUGAAAAAUCAAAAUUGAUUACCAAAUUGAUAUCAGCUGGAACCCAAGAUAGUGAAUGGGGCUGCCCCACAUCUCUGGAGGGUCAGCUAGGGUCUGUUAUCAUCUUCUUUGAAGCACUACAGCCUCCUCAGGUGAAGGCAUUGUAUUUAGCAGGUCCAAACUGUUUAAGCCCUUGGAAAUUUCAGGAGUCUGACAUGGCUGACCUGCCUGCUAACAUCCUUCUUCACUACACUGCAAAGGCCUGCAAAAAUUCAAUCUGUCUUGAUUUAUCUACUAAUUGUUUGCAUGGAAGAUUAACAGGAAACAAAGUAGUGAACUGGGACAUUAAGGACAUCAUAAACUGCAUAGGUGGAUUAAAUGUAUUGUUUCCUCUGUUGGAACAAAUCAGCCACUUUGGUGAAGGACAGAUUUCUGAAGGAAUGAAUGAAAGCACAGUUUCUGAAUUGAUAACACCUGUAGAAGGAGAUUGGGUUGUACUGACCUCCACGAAGGCAUCAGAGUCAAGAUUAGAAAGGAAUUUAAUUGCAACAUUUAUCUUGAUUGUGAAGCACUUUAUUCAAAGACAUCCUAUCAACCAGGACAAUCUUACUCACUCCCAUGGAGUUGCCACUCUUGGUGCCUUGCUGCAGAAGGUGCCAAGCUCCUUGAUGGAUGUUAAUGUACUGAUGGCAGUUCAGUUAUUAAUUGAACAGGUGUCAUUAGAGAAAAAUAUGCAGCUCCUGCAGCAAAUGUAUCAAUAUUUACUCUUUGACUUCCGUAUUUGGAACCGUGGAGAUUUUCCCUUUCGAAUCGGUCAUAUACAGUAUCUUUCCACCAUCAUCAAAGACAGCAGGAGAGUUUUCCGAAAGAAGUAUGGUGUGCAGUUUCUCCUAGAUACACUUAGGAUUUAUUAUGGGAGUGAUUGUAAAUGUAGUGAGCUGUCUCUAGAAGACAUUCGGACAAUAAGGAAUUCUUUGUAUGGACUAAUUAAAUAUUUUCUGUGCAAAGGUGGAACUCAUGAAGAGAUACAGAGUAUUAUGGGUUACAUAGCUGCUAUCAAUGAAGAAGAACAGCUCUUUGGAAUUUUGGAUAUGCUCUUCAGUCUCCUCCGUACCAGCCCAACUAGAGGUCAGCUUUUCUUGUUGCUGUUUGAACCAGGAAAUGCUGACAUACUUUAUGCCUUGCUGUUAAAUCAGAAGUACUCUGACAGACUAAGAGAAAUCGUUUUUAAGGUUAUGGAACAAAUGUUGAAAUGCACAAAUGUUUAUGAACGAAGUAAACAACGUAUUCGGCUCAGAGAAGUUGGCUAUUCAGGAUUGGGACUUCUUCUUAAUGAAGCACCCAUUAAUACCUCUCUCAUUAAAAGCCUCACCAAUCAAAUUAUAAAUACAGAUACUGUUAUUAAUUUCAAAGAUCUGUUGUCUGUGGUAUAUAUAUCUCACAGAACACAUAUAAAUGUCAGAGUGGUUAUCUGCAGAAAGAUUUUACAGAUUUUGCAGUCCCAGCCAGAUGCAGCACAUCAAAUAUCUCAACAAGUGGGUUGGCAAGACACUUUAGUUAGGCUUUUUUUAAAAACAAAUUUUGAAAAUGGAAAUACUCUUCAUAAGCACAGUAGGGCUGUUUCAGUAAAAGACAGUGACAAAAAUUUAUCAGCUGAAGAUACUAAGAAGAACUUUGAUGAAAAGAUUGAUGAGGAAAAAAUCAACUCUUUUGCCUCAGCCAAUGUGUCUUCAGAUCAGUGGAGUUUGGAGGAUGGACACUCUCUAGACUCAAACAUACCAUUAUUUCAAGAAGAUAGUUCUGUGGGAGAAUUAUCUUUCAGAUCAGAGAAUCAAGAAGAAUUCUGGAAUAAAAACCCUUCACAUCUGAGUUUAGAUCUCAGUGGAAUAGACUCAUGUGAACUGAGCGACAGUGGAAGUCACAUGCCAGACAGCCUGCCUAGCACGCCCUCCCCCAUAGAAUCUACCAAAUCCUUUUCCGUGCAGUCUGACAAAGAGAGCUGUGUCUUAAAUGAUCCUGGGUUUGGUGAUGACUUCUCUUUACUUGAAAGCCAAGAGAGAUGUGAGGAGGAGCUUCUUCAGUUACUGACAAAUAUUUUGAACUAUGUAAUGUGUAGGGGAUUAGAAAAGUCUGAUGAUAGUACUUGGAUUGAACGGGGACAAGUGUUUUCAGCACUAAGUAAACCAGGAAUAUCCAGUGAACUACUUCGACCAUCAGAUGAAAUAAAAUUAAUUUUGCUACAGAACAUGUUAGAAUGGACAGUCACAGAAAACAGAGAAUCAAAAAUGAAUCCAGUAACUGCUGAAAAUGCCUUCCGACUCAUCCUGAUCGUACAGGACUUUCUGCAGUCAGAGGGGCUUGUUAAUUCAAACAUGUGGACUGAGAAGCUUUUAGAUGAUCUGAUGCUGCUCUUCGAUGGUCUGUCAGUUUGGUAUUCUGAAGGUCAAGUGUGGGCAAAACUUUCUCGAAUCCAAAUCCAGUUGCUUCUAGGAUUCAUUGGAAGGGGCAAUUUGCAGGUUUGUGCAAUGGCGUCAGCUAAGCUAAACACCCUUCUUCAAACCAAAGUGAUUGAAAAUCAGGAUGAAGCGUGUUACAUUUUAGGGAAGCUGGAACAUGUUCUAAGUCAGUCAAUUAAGGAGCAGACUGAAAUCUAUUCAUUUCUGAUUCCCCUGGUCCGUACCCUGGUUUCCAAAAUCUAUGAACUUCUCUUCAUGAACUUGCACCUGCCUUCUUUACCUUUUACCAAUGGUAGCUCUUCAUUUUUUGAAGAUUUUCAAGAAUAUUGCAGUUCAAAUGAAUGGCAAGUUUACAUCGAAAAAUAUAUCGUGCCUUACAUGAAGCAGUAUGAAACCCAUACAUUUUAUGAGGGUCAUGAGGACAUGGCACUUUAUUGGAAGAAUUGUUAUGAAGCCUUAAUGGUGAAUAUGCAUAAACGAGACCGGGAAGGAGGAGAAAGCAAGCUUAAGUUUCAGGAGUUUUUUGUGGAACCAUUUAAUAGAAAAGCACGGCAAGAGAACUUGAGGUAUAAUAAUACCCUUAAACAACUUAGCAGCCAACAGUUAAUCACUCUGAGACGCUGGAAGGCAGUACAGCUCUACCUCACAUCUGAAAGGGGACCUUGGGCUAAAAGGAAGCAAAGUCCAAUUCACUGGAAACUAGCUAAUGUAGAAAAUUACUCCCGCAUGAGACUUAAAUUGGUGCCAAAUUAUAACUUCAAAUCUCAUGAAGACGCUAGUGCAUUGAGAGAUAAUCUAGGUAUCCAACACUCACAGCCUUCCAGUGAUUCAUUGCUUUUGGAAGUAGUGAAACAAGUAAAAGUUAGCAAUAUGGAGGAGGAUAAAUUAGACCUUCCUGAAGACGACUUAACAGCCAGAGUAAAUAUUGAGGAGAAAGAAGAACAGGAUCAAAAAGAAAAAUUGGUGUUGUCAGAAGACUGUGAACUCAUUACAAUAAUUGACGUAAUUCCUGGCAGAUUAGAAAUCACUACUCAACACAUUUACUUCUAUGAUUGCAGCAUUGAAAAAGAAGAUGGAGUAGGCUUUGAUUUCAAGUGGCCUCAUUCUCAAGUUCGAGAGAUUCACCUGCGGCGUUAUAAUUUAAGGAGAUCAGCUCUUGAGAUUUUUCAUGUUGACCAAUCCAACUACUUUCUCAAUUUCAAAAAAGAGGUUAGAAACAAAGUAUAUAGUAGACUAUUGUCACUUCAUUCUCCAAAUAGUUAUGGUACCAGAUCACCACAGGAAUUAUUCAAAGCAUCUGGAUUGACACAGAAAUGGGUGAACAGAGAGAUAUCAAAUUUUGACUACCUCAUUCAAAUAAAUACAAUGGCAGGACGAACCUAUAAUGACCUUGCUCAGUAUCCUGUGUUUCCCUGGAUUUUACAAGAUUAUACUUCAGAAGAGUUGGACCUUAAUAACCCAUCAGUAUUUCGAGAUCUUUCCAAACCAAUUGGGGUAGUUAAUGAUAAAAAUGCCAAAGCCAUGCGAGAAAAAUAUGAAAAUUUUGAGGAUCCCAUGGGAACUAUUGAUAAAUUUCAUUAUGGUACUCACUAUUCAAAUUCUGCUGGGGUUAUGCACUAUCUUAUUCGUACAGAACCAUUCACCACCCUCCACAUCCAGCUUCAGAGUGGAAGGUUUGACUGCGCAGAUCGACAGUUCCAUUCCAUCCCUGCCACCUGGCAGGCUCUCAUGGACAAUGCAUAUGAUGUGAAGGAGCUUAUUCCCGAAUUCUUCUAUUUCCCGGAGUUUUUGGAAAAUCAAAAUCAAUUUAACUUGGGUUGUCUGCAAGUUUCCAAAGAAGUAGUAAAUGACGUCAUUCUCCCCAAAUGGGCUAAGUCAGCUGAAGAUUUCAUCUAUAAACAUAGGAAAGCUCUGGAGUCUGAAUAUGUUUCUGCUCAUCUUCAUGAAUGGAUAGAUCUGAUUUUUGGCUACAAACAGAGGGGGCCAGCUGCAGUGGAAGCACUGAAUGUUUUCUAUUACUGUAGUUACGAAGGAGCUGUGGAUCUGGAUGCCUUAACAGAUGAGAAGGAAAGAAAAGCCUUAGAAGGGAUGAUUAAUAAUUUUGGGCAAACACCUUGUCAACUGUUAAAGGAACCACAUCCUCCUAGAUUGUCAGCAGAAGAAGCAGUGCAGAAGCAGACCAAAACAGACACUUCAACCCUAAAUGUAUUUCAACAUCUCUCCGAACUCAAGUCAUUUUUUAUAGAGGGAAUUAGUGAUGGCGUCCCACUAAUAAAGGCAAUUGUCCCCAAAAAUCAGUCUCGUUCUUUUAUGUCUCAAGGCAGUCCUGAGUUAUUGAUAACAGUAAACAUGAAUUACAUUGUUGGAACCCAUGGAUGGCUGCCUUAUGACAGAAACAUUUCCAAUUACUUUACAUUCAUCAAAGAUCAAACUGUAACAAAUCCAAAAACUCAGCGUAUUAUGAAUGGUCCUUUUGCUCCAGGGCUGGAGAUCACUUCUAAGUUAUUCAUAGUAUCACAUGAUGCGAAGUUGCUUUUCAGUGCUGGACACUGGGAUAAUAGCAUUCAAGUGAUGUCACUUACAAAAGGCAAAAUUAUUUCACACAAUAUUAGACACAUGGAUAUUGUGACUUGUUUAGCUACAGAUUACUGUGGAAUACAUUUGAUUUCUGGUUCCAGAGAUACUACAUGUAUGAUAUGGCAAAUAACACAACAGGGAGGUGUUCCUGUGGGCUUAGCAUCUAAACCCUUUCAGAUUCUGUAUGGACACACCGAUGAGGUAUUGAGUGUUGGCAUCAGCACUGAACUAGAUAUGGCAGUGUCAGGAUCAAGGGAUGGCACUGUGAUUAUACAUACCAUUCAGAAAGGUCAAUACAUGAGGACUUUACGGCCACCUUCUGAGAGUUCUGUGCUCCUGACUGUUCCUAAUUUGGCUAUAUCUUGGGAAGGACAUAUUGUUAUCUAUUCCAGCAUUGAAGAAAAGACCAAUCUCAAGGAUAAGAAUGCAUUACAUCUGUUUUCCAUAAAUGGCAAGUAUCUAGGGUCCCAAGUCCUGACAGAACAAGUAUCAGAUAUAUGUAUCACUGGAGAACAUAUUAUCACGGGCAGCUUACAAGGCUUCCUGUCCAUAAGAAAUCUCCACAGUUUGAAUCUCAGCAUGAACCCAUUAGCCAUGCGAAUGCCUAUCCACUGUGUUUGUGUCACCAAAGAAUACAGCCAUAUUCUUGUAGGAUUAGAAGAUGGCAAAUUGAUUGUAGUGGGUGUUGGGAAGCCAGCUGAGAUGCGUUCAGGUCAGCUUUCUCGAAAAUUGUGGGGAUCUAGCAAGCGACUCAGCCAGAUUUCAGCUGGAGAAACUGAAUAUAAUACUCAAGAUUUCAAGUGAUUACUAUUUCCAUCUUCUGUCAUGGAUAAAUGAAACUUGAUUUAUUGCUUUGGCACUUUAACCACAUCUCUCAACUCUCUGAAAUACAUCUGGGCUUUUAUCACUGAAAAUAGCUUAGGGAUUACCAAAAUUCAGUAUGCUAUGUAUAUAUAAAGACAUUGGUUGUAUUAUUAUCCACUUUAAAAAUUUCUGGUUAACAUUGAAUCCAGUCUUUUUGACUAAUUCUUGAUCUACACCAAGACGGAUUUGAAAAAAUACAAUUGAAUUAGAUUUGUGGUUCAUUCCUGAAGAUCAUUAGAUCCAUUGGGGAAAAAAACUUCCAAAAAUGAAGAAGUUGUAUAUAAUUCCAUUAUUAUCCUAAACAGCAAAAUGUAAGGUAUUUCUAAGAAGAGUACAGAUGAUUGGAUAGUUGAGAGACAUGGCUUUUAAUGUAUUCUUUAUUUAAUCAUUUUCCUAUUUACUGACCACCAUAUUUAAAAAUUCAUCAGUUUAUUUAUGGAACUUCUGGUUGGGGUAAUAUUUUAAAGGCAUCUGUUGCACACUUGGAUUUUCAAAACUCAAUGUAAAUUCCAGGUUUUCAUGAUAAGUUGAAUAUAAGACAGUUGAAACCGGUACAUUGAGUCAUUCCACUACUUAGCAUAUUACUAAUGAGAACUUACUGAAAUACAUUAUUAUGCUUAAAUAAUAAAGGUUAAGUAGGAAUAAGAGAAACAAGAGAUAUAUUUUGCAGAUAUAUUUCAUUAGUAGUAUAAUGAAGGAAAAAUGCUGAUUAUGAUUUUGACAGGUGGACCCUUUAAGUAGCAUUUGCAACACAAUUUAUAUUUGCAAAGUUCAAAAUUUCUUGGCUUAUUCCUUACUAAGCAAAUACUGUGUCUUUCCCCGUAAUUAGAAGUGUUAGCAAUGAUACCCAAAUACAUUAACAUUUUUACCUACAACUUCCAUGUGAUUGAUAAAUGAAUUGAAAAGGUUUGUAUCACUUAAAACUUGUCAUGUAGAUACAGUAAUUUUUAAAAAACAUUUCUAUUUCAUGUUGUGUAUAACUUUUAAGAUUAUAAUUAAUUUUAUUAUACAUAGUUAAGUAUUACAUAUGCUUAAUAUUCAAUAUUUUAAAGUAAAAAGCUGAUUUAUUUUGGAAUUCAAAGAGAUUGUUAAACCUAGUGCUUUUAUAAGGUCAUCUUUGGAGUUAAGUCAGAGAGCUUUUUCAACUAUAAGUGUCCUUAAUCUGAGAUUCCAUGGGUUUGGGGGAAUUUAUGAUUCCUCUGAAACUGUAUGGAAAUUCUGUGUGUUAACUGCAUUUUUUUCAGGAGUGCAUGUGUGACUUUCAUAAAGGGGUCUGUAAUCAGAAGGGAAAAAAAGACUUCUCACAAUAAUAGUUUCUUAUAAUACUCCUUUUUAUUCCACAAAUCAUAGAUUUCCUUACAUCUAGUUUUCUUCUCAAUGGCAUCUUUAAGAAACUUUCCCUCUGUAAUUCUUCUCUUCGGUUGUCCACAGUAUUUAAUACCAUUUUCUUUAAUCCUAUGAAUGAGUAAAACAAUUAAGAGAAGUACAAGAUUCAGUUUAGGGAAGCUUUUUGAAUAGAUAUGAUCUGUUUGAGUUAGGACUAAUAAUUUAUAAAAGAAUUUUCAUUCCAAUUAUUUAAAAUCCCCUGCUUUGUUCAGUAAAAGAAAACACCACCAACAACAAAAAAACGGUUAUGUUUUAGGUAAAUAGCACUGAAAUAAACCAAUGCAGCAAUUGUAAAAUAGAGCAUAUAUAAAUGUGAAAAUUUCCGUUUUAAGGACUUAAGAAAUUUCUGAUGAAAAGGUCUCAAAACAAGUCAAUAGAGAUAAUUAUUUAUUGAGAUUUGUUGCUUCUAUUUAUUUCAUUCAGUUUUUUAUAUUACAUUUUUUAGGAGGUUUCAGGUCAUCAGAACCAACAUGAUUGACUUUUGAUAUUUUAAAUGUUGAUUUUUUUUUUUAAACUGUUCUGAAUCAAAAUGUUGGAAAUUUUUCUUUUGCUUACUCCUCUGGAGAUUUUGGUAUAAGGAUGUCUUCUUUAUUUUUAAAGUUACUUAAUGUUGGUUUUGGAAUUAUUUUGGAUGAAUGCUUACAAAAAUUACAAAGAAGUUUAACUUUUCAGGGCAAAAUCCCCAAAUUUAUGAUGUUUUACUUUGCUGCUCUUUAGAUGGAAGAACCAAACAAGCAGUAUUCAUUUUGUAGCACAAAUAUAAGACCCUUCGUUCACAGUAAAAUAAACAUCCUACCUGGACUAACAGUAGGUGCUCAGAACUGUGGAAUGCUUCCUUAUAUUAGUUUUUCCAAAAAGUAAAAACCAAAAAUGUAAGAUUUUCAGGAAAACCUAAGAAUACUAAUACUAGUCUAGGGGAAUGGAACUUGUGUUCAGCUAUUAAAGUAAGCAAAUAUAGUAAAAUAUAAACCUCUAUAUGAAAAAAUAUAAACCUCUUCUAAACAGUGUAGCCCACUGAAUUAAAAAUAACUAGAUAAAAUCACUGGAAAGAUAUACUUUGGGGGAUUCUGGUAUAUUUAGGUGUUAUCCAUAGAAGAUGUUUCUAUUUAUAUAAUGGGAGAAAUGAACAAUGGUAUGAUUAGAAUAGAAUAACAGGUGAUUUUAGUUCAUCAGUAUAAUAUCUCAACUUAGCUGCUAUGAAGUUUGUUAUCUAAGGAAAUUUUCAUCUGCUUUUGCUUCUUGACACUGGUGAUGAUGGAAAUCAUCAACGAAAUCAAUGAAAGAUCUCAGCAUCCUGGUGAUAGAGAUUUAUACUAGGAUAAUGAUUUUACUCCUAGAAAGUGAGGUCUCAGAUAUUAAAA